AUAGAUCCGAGAAAGGUUGCCCUUGGAGCUUGGAGCUGGAGGCCGGAAGGGAGCUCUGGAUUUCGCUCCCUCCUCUUUCCCCGUCUGUGUCUGGGAGCAUUGUGACCUUCAGAUCCUCCUGCUGUCAGGUACCAGCCAGGAGGAGAGUGUACCUCUCUUCCAAGCCCUACACCAUGCGCAAUGCCUCCAAUGACUCCGUGCGGAUGGAGGACUGCGAGAGUCGUCAGUGGCUCCCCUCGGGCGAAAGUCCAGCUAUCAGCUCGGUGAUGUUCUCUGCCGGGGUUGUGGGGAACCUUAUCGCGCUGGCGCUGCUGGCGCGCCGUUGGCGCGGGGACACCGGGUGCAGUGCAGGCGGCAGCAGAACCUCCAUCUCCUUGUUCCACGUGCUAGUGACAGAGCUGGUGCUCACCGACCUGCUGGGGACCUGCCUUAUCAGCCCAGUGGUGCUAGCUUCCUAUGCGCGGAACCAGACCCUGGUGGCCUUGGCUCCCGAGAGCCGUGUUUGUACCUAUUUCGCCUUCACUAUGACUUUCUUCAGUCUGGCUACAAUGCUCAUGCUCUUCGCCAUGGCCCUGGAGCGCUACCUCUCCAUUGGGCACCCUUACUUCUACCAACGUCGCUUCUCGCGUCGCUGGGGCCUGGUGGUACUGCCCGCCAUCUAUGCGGUCUCCUUGCUCUUCUGUUCCCUGCCGCUGCUCAACUACGGGGAGUACGUCCAGUACUGUCCCGGGACAUGGUGCUUUAUCCGGCACGGGCGGACUGCAUACCUGCAGCUGUACGCUACGGUGCUGCUGCUGCUCAUCUUGGCGGUGCUCGCCUGUAACUUGAGUGUCAUCCUUAAUCUCUUCCGUAUGCACCGUCGGAGCAAAAGAAGCCGCUGUGGAUCAUCCAGCGGUGCCCCUGGUGGCCCUGGGAUGCGCAGGAAAGGAGAAAGAACUUCGAUGGCAGAGGAGGCGGACCACCUCAUUCUCCUGGCCAUUAUGACCAUCACCUUCGCCAUCUGCUCCUUGCCUUUCACAAUCUUUGCUUAUAUGAAUGAGACCUCUUCCCGAAAGGAAAAGUUGGACCUCCAAGCUCUUAGAUUUUUAUCAAUCAACUCUAUAAUUGACCCUUGGGUCUUUGCCAUCCUUAGGCCACCGGUUUUGAGACUAAUGCGUUCAGUCCUCUGUUUUCGGACUUCGUUGAGAACACAUGGAGCUUCACAGACUUCUUGUUCUACUCAGUACAGUUCCAGCAAACAGACUGACCUUUGUGGACAGUUGUGAGGACACACUUCAUGAAAUCCUCUGCUAAAGACCUUAAACAGUUUCCUUGGAGAAACAUACAGAGCUUCCAUAUAAACAAGAUGAAACUGCCCUUCGAAAGCAGAGGUUUGACUGGAGAUGUGAAGACAAGACCCUUCAGGGGAGGUCUCAGAAGGAUGUCUAGAGCUCGAGUCAUGUGGCCUUUGAGGGACAACCAGCUGUGUCUAAGACCUGGUUGAUUUAAGCCUUCCUGCUGAAUGACAAAGCAUGUGGUUUUGUAAUUUGUUUAAAACUCUACGUGGUUACUAUCUCCUGUUUUAAAUUUCGAUGCCACUGCUGUUAUAAAUGCAGUGUGCAGUCAGGCCAAAUGAAAACUCAUUCUCUAGGCAGUCAAUUCGUGCAAGCGAUGAAGCAAUCGAGGCAGUCACUGUUCUGUGAUUGCUUAAUGGACUCUUUAUUUGGACCAUGAAGUUGGAAGUUGUUGGUCCCUUCUACUGUAAUGUUUGUGUGUGUGGAAGUCCUCUCUAGUCAUGACUGAGAGGGCUGCACUGAUUUGGUGGAUGCCAGUUUGGUUCACCCUUCCCUUAGGAGCCUUGUCCUGUUAGGUUAUUUAUUCUGUCUUGUUUAUUGUGGUGAUUCUACAGAAGAAGACCAGAAAUUUCCUUCUCAAGAAGAAAUAAUAAA